AUGCACUCUACAAUAAUUGCUCUCCUCCUACUUGGCCGCCCUUCAUCUUUGGGAUUUGAGCCGCACUAUCCUCAGGCGGCUAGUCUGGUCUCUCAUGAUGACCAAGGCAGGCCUAUUCCUUGCCCAAAUGCCUCGUCCUGCGCCCUGAAACAGAGUAUAUUUGCCCGGCUUGCCGCUGAUUCCGCCACCAGGACUCGAGCCGCCGUGGACACGGUGCCUGUUUUCUCGGCGGAACACGCGUUGUUCGGACAGAUUGCGGUGUCCAGACCUGGUGGGCCGGAGAUGCCGGAGGCGGAUGUAUUCGGCCGCCGAAUGAACCCUUUCAACACUCCCGAAGGGUCGGGCAUAUAA